GCUUUUAAUGAGAUCACUUGGAAAUCAAGUCUAGCCGUCGACGCUAUCAGCGUAGUUGUGAAAUAUCCCAUAUCGUGGGUUCGUGCUUGUCGUACAUCAUACAUGCAACACUGGUUCUGGUUGUUGUUGUUUUCUUGUAACACAGUCGUACUGUAUUUACUACGUCAACUUCCAAACCGCAAAAUUGAUGCUUCCGGCUGAUAAUUAUCGUGCUAGUUUUGACUCAUUUCUCGCUGCCCAGAGACAAACAAGAGGUUUUUCCCAUAAUUCCGACAGUGUCUCACUGUGCGUCCUGUUUUGACAAAGCAAGCAGUACUUUAACAGCAGUUUUGGAAAAUCUUUAAAAUUGUGAUAACCAGUGGUUGGCAAGUUUGGAGGAUAUUUCACAUCAGCAUCAUGGGAUCAGCGAGGAAUGUGUGCAUACUAUUUCGCAGUUUUUUCGCCACCGAAUCGUGUUCGAUAUACACGCUAAACGGUAUAUGCAUUCCACAACCACAAGGUCGCAAGCGCAGAUAUUAGACGGAAAGAAACUAUCGAAAGAAAUUCUGAGCGAACUAAAAUCUGACAUCGAUGUAUGGAGCAAAGCCGGCAAUCGCCGACCGCAUCUAAGCGUUAUUAUGGUUGGAAACAAUCCCGCGAGUCUAGCAUAUAUCGCUAACAAGGUGAAGGCAGCGGAAAAAGUUGGUGUAACAAGCAACACUUUUCGGUUGCCGGAAAGCGUAUCCCAGUCUGAUCUCCUCAAUGUCGUGGAAUCUCUCAAUACUGACCGCAAUACAGAUGGAAUUCUGGUGCAGUUUCCCUUGCCGGCGCACUUAUCCGAACACGCUGUAUGUGAAGCGGUGUCUGCCUACAAAGAUGUGGAUGGUUUUCACGUCCUUAACAUGGGACAAAUGGUCCAGGGCCGGGAAGGGCUCUAUCCCUGCACACCACUUGGCGUCAUGGAGUUACUAAAACGAAACGGUGUGGAGACUUUCGGGAAGAACGCUGUUAUUUGCGGACGGUCAAAAAACGUGGGAAUGCCCAUUAUGAUGCUAAUGCACGCUGAUGGCCACGGCGAUGCUACGACUACCAUCUGCCAUCGCCAUACUCCACCGGAACAGAUGAAAUUGUUCACAAAAAUGGCGGACAUACUUAUAACUGCCGUCGGGAAGCCGGGUCUGAUUACCGCGGAUAUGGUGAAGGAGGGCGUCAUUGUUGUCGACGUGGGGAUUACGAGAGUUCGGGAAGAACAAUCCGAUAAAUUUGUUUUGAAAGGCGACGUGGAUUUCGAAGGUGUAAGUGAAAAGGCAAGCUAUAUAACUCCUGUCCCUGGAGGGGUCGGCCCCAUGACUGUGUGUAUGCUCAUCAAGAACACCUUUAUCGCUGCUAAAAAGCUUCGUGGAUUCGAUUCAAACCUGGAAUUCCUCCCAUCCAAAAAACUGACCGAAGUGAAUUUUAAUUUUAUGGAAAACCUUAGGAAGGCUAAUGUGGCAACUAAUUAAUCUGGAAUAGUAGUGGCAUUACACGAAUGUUUAAACGGAAAGGGAUUGAUAAAGGAAAGUGGUAAUUUUUGGUUUCUCUGCUUUCUUUUGUAUACGUUUUGAAUUGUACUUUUGUAAAUAUAUAUUUAUUAAUUUUUGGCUUGCAUUUCGCUGUUUAAUUUUUAUAUGAUUUACUCAUCCGGUAGCUAAUGUUUAGUUUAACAGUUCGAGAAAAUAUGUAAUAAGGCAGUGUUAUAGAAUCAGUAUCAAAUUAUAAUUACUGUACUUUAGGAAGAGGACACGCAGGCACCCCAUGUAUUUUCCAUUAAUUUUAUCUUUUAUGUCGGUUAAAAUUGAAAUAAAAUUGGCUGAUGAGG